AUUUUACCACGUGGGGACGUUUUUGCAGAGGCAGCAAAACAUCUGCAGUGAUGCUUGCGUGUCUGUCAGUGGGCAUGAAAAUAAACUUUUGACAAACAAGAAUCUGAAGAAAGAGCCGCGAAGGAUUUGCUAACCGGGUCACUUUUUCCAGACCAUGCCCCACGACUCCGACCCUCCUCCGGCUAAAAAAUUCAAGCCGGGGUCUGUUUUCUUCCGUCUCGAUAAGAAUAAACCUGGAAUGCUGCUGCCUAGAAAGGGAAUUGCAACCACUCCGAUAGACGUCCAGCGGAAACAGCUUCCAAUCUACCAGGCGAAACCUCAGCUGCUGAACCAACUGAGACAGCUUCACAAUGCUAUUCUCAUAGGGGAGACUGGCUCUGGGAAGACCACUCAGAUCCCUCAGUAUCUGUAUGAGGCCGGCAUCGGACGACAGGGCAUCGUCGCCAUCACUCAGCCCCGUCGAGUUGCUGCAAUCUCACUGGCAGGAAGGGUGGCAGAGGAGAAGAGGACUCAACUUGGCAAGCUGGUUGGCUACACGGUGCGUUUUGAGGAUGUCACGUCCUCUGAGACAAAGCUGAAGUUCAUGACAGAUGGCAUGCUUCUGCGUGAGGCCAUCGGAGACCCCUUACUGCUGCGCUACACUGUAGUGGUGCUGGAUGAAGCUCAUGAGCGCACCGUGCACACUGAUGUGCUGUUCGGCGUGGUUAAGACUGCUCAACACAGGCGCAGAGAGCUUAAUAAGAUUCCCCUGAAGGUCAUAGUGAUGUCAGCCACGAUGGAUGUGGAUUUGUUCUCUGAGUAUUUCAACAAGUCACCUGUACUCUACCUGGAGGGCAGGCAGCAUCCCAUUCAGAUCUACUACACCAAGCAGUCCCAGUCAGACUAUCUGCAGGCUGCACUCAUCUCUGUCUUCCAGAUCCACCAGGAGGCUCCUCCGUCCCACGACAUCUUAGUCUUCAUGACGGGUCAGGAGGAGAUCGAGGCUCUGGCGAGGACGUGCCGAGACAUCGCCAAGCAUCUCCCCGAUGGCUGUGGGCCCAUGGUAGUAAUCCCUUUGUACGCAUCGCUGCCCCCAGCACAGCAGCUCAGGGUCUUUCAUCCAGCUCCGAAGGGAUGUAGGAAGGUCAUCCUCUCAACCAACAUUGCUGAGACGUCAGUCACAAUCUCUGGGAUCAAAUACGUCAUAGACACAGGGAUGGUGAAGGCCAAACGUUUCAAUCCUGACAGCGGGCUGGAGGUGCUAGCAGUACAGCGGGUCUCUAAAGCCCAGGCGUGGCAGCGAGCGGGCCGGGCUGGCAGGGAGGACUCUGGUUCCUGCUAUCGUCUCUACACUGAGCAGGAAUUUGACAGCCUCAUCCCCAUGACUGUGCCUGAGAUCCAGAGGUGUAACUUAGCCAGUGUGAUGCUGCAGCUCAUGGCUCUGGGUAUUCCAGAUGUAAUGAAUUUUGAUUUCAUGUCCAAGCCUUCUCCAGAGGCCGUUCGUUCUGCUGUGGAGCAUUUAGAGCUGCUGGGAGCUGUAGAGAGGAAGGAGGGGCAGGUUUUCCUCACUGCUCUGGGAAAGAAGAUGGCAAGCUUCCCUCUGGAGCCUAGAUAUGCCAAGACUAUCCUGUUGUCCCCGAACUUCUCCUGUUCUGAGGAGAUUUUGACCAUAGUGUCUCUGCUGUCGGUGGACACUGUACUGUAUAACCCUCCAGCCCGGCGGGAAGAGGUGCUUGCUGUGCGCAAGAAGUUCAGCUCCAGCGAAGGAGACCACAUGACACUGCUCAACAUUUACAGAGCGUUCAAGAAAGUCAGUGAUAAUAAGGAGUGGUGUCGGGAGAACUUUGUCAACAGCAGGAACAUGGGUCUGGUGAAAGAGGUCCAGGCUCAGCUCAAAGACAUCUGCCUUAAGCUGAAUUUGAAGCUGGAGUCAUGUGGAGCAGACACAGGGAACGUUCGCCGCUGCCUUGCCCAUGGGAUGUUCGUCAACGCUGCGGAGCUACAAUCUGACGGCAGCUACUUAGCUCUGGACACACACCAGCCUGUGGCCAUCCACCCCUCCUCCGUCCUUUUCCAGGCCAAGCCAGCAUACGUGGUCUUCAACGAGCUUCUGCACACCUCCCGCUGCUACAUGAGAGACCUAUGUUUGGUGGAUGCCGACUGGCUGUUGGAUGCAGCACCGGAGUACUUUGGCCGCAAACUCCGACCCACUAAGAGCUAACCAACAGAGAAACAGGACUGAAGUAAAUCUCUGCAAGGUCACCUUCCUCAAAUGACCCAGUGACAAUAAAACUGGGAAAUGUCUUCUCUUCACAAAGCUGGAUUUAGAUAAAGACGUUUAUUGAUUUCUUACUAGUGCAAGUCAGAACAGAACAUUUUCUGUGUAGUAGACUUCUCUGGAUUUCACUACCUCCCAGUUGACAAGCUUUUGGCAUGUGUCACUGCAGCAGAGAUCUGCAUAUUGAGGCCUCACAACUUUAACUUCCUGCAAGACCGUCAUUGAGAUUUUAUAAACUGUGUUUCUUCUGCCUGAUAGUAUUUCACUUUGCCAUUUGGUUUAACACCUUAAAGAGUGUUUUUGAGGUGUCAUGCACAACAUCUUAACAUUUGCAUGCAUUAUCACAGCACAGAAAACCUCACAGGAGGACACAUCUUUAAGUAAGCAGCGUCUUGGGCUGAUAUGAUUUAUCAGUUUAUUCUCUUCAUGUGUGAAAUUCGCGAAAUUUUGUACUUAAUUGUCAAGCCACCUACCCAACAAGAUUCAGACGGCUCAGUGGAGCAGAUGGUAGUUGUUCUGUUCUGCACAGUUUUGAAUAACUGAGGAGUUUACUGACUAUUUGCCUCUGAAAUGUUAGCUUCUCGGAAGCUAAAAAAAGCAGUCUUGUCUUGAGCUUUUCCACCAUGUCGUUUUUGGUUAAACAAAGUGGUCUUAAAGGGUUUUAUAUAUGCAAUAACAGUAGAUUUGUCCUAAUCUAUGAAGUUACGUAAUUACAAGAAAACAUGGAAAUCACCAAAGUUGUAGUUAAAAAUAUGAGGUUUUCAGACAUCACGAUGACUUGAUUUCACUUUGAUAAUUACUCUACAUGCAGCACCCGUCUUAUCUUGUGCAUGCCCUUUUCUACAUGAUUGUAUCACCAGUUUCGAAAAUACAUGCACAUCAGGAGAAGUAGCAUGCCUUAUUCUCCAGGUUCUACACUUUGCUGUUCUGUUACUCAGCCUCUGUACAGACUACACAAAGAUGUAUGCUGACAACAAAUGUAUGCAAUGCAUGGAGAUUAUAGUUAAGGAUCUGAUCACUCAGGUCUUUCAUACUUUGUAGAAUGUUAUGGAACAGAUAGGAUGCUCCUCCUGUCUUUUUUACGCUGGACUCAGGAUUGUACAAUAUACAUUAUAACCAGAAUAAAUUACAUAAACAAUUUCUAGCUUUUAAAAAUGCCAAACACCAAAUGCACUUGGGGUUGCUGUAGAGAACUGUGAGACUAUAUUAUAAAGAGGAUGUAUGUUCAGUGUUUGAAUCUCUUACAGGUCAUGCUGCUCAUGUUCUUUAGAAGAUUUCUUUUCCAGUCACAAAGGAAAAGUAGACUGUUUAAGAUUGACAUAGUAUAAAGUUUGUAAGAUUAAAUGCACGGCUUUGAUGAGUUUA